UAAAACAGUUUAUGGGUAUGUUGAUUGUUGUUGAGUUUAGUUGUGCGAAGUAUCAGAAAAAAAUAGUAAAAGAGCCGUUAUUGCACAUCGAGUUAGUGCGGAAAUAAUUGAGAAAAUGUGGUAAAUGUGCUGGUAAAUAAGAAAACUGGUGGUGACAAGCAAAUGUUUAAAUGGAAGCAUCCUCCAUCAUCACCCAGGUGUCAAGAGACGAGGAACAUCUGAAUAAUUAUGCUACUGAAAAAGGUUCUAUCUCAACACAAGAUGGCACCAUCGACCAACUCACACAACUUCAGCCCUCAACUAUCACCACCUCGAAGAAAAGCUCUACCAAGAGCUUCUUCCGUUCACUACUAUGUUGCCUGCGCCCGAAGAAAUCAAAAACCCCCAUUUCGGAUCAAUGUCUGGACGGGACCCAGUGCGUCGACCAUAGCAGAUGCAGUUAUCUCCUCAGCCCUCCGCGACAAGAGGAUAUACACAAGAAGUGUAUGGUUAUAGAUCUGGAUGAGACAUUGGUACAUAGCAGCUUUAAACCUAUCAGCAAUGCAGACUUCGUCGUACCAGUAGAAAUAGACGGCACGUUACAUCAAGUGUAUGUCUUAAAGAGGCCACACGUAGACGAAUUCCUCCAGAGGAUGGGAGAAUUGUAUGAAUGCGUCCUCUUCACUGCAUCACUGGCGAAGUACGCCGAUCCCGUCGCUGACCUUCUAGACAAAUGGGACGUGUUCAAGGCGAGAUUAUUUAGAGACAGCUGCGUCUUCUAUAGAGGAAAUUAUGUUAAAGACUUGAACAAGCUGGGACGAGAGUUGCAGCAAAUUGUUAUUGUUGAUAAUUCACCUGCUUCCUACAUAUUCCAUCCAGAUAAUGCUGUGCCGGUAGCGUCGUGGUUCGACGACAUGAACGAUUCAGAGCUGCUCGACUUGAUCCCGUUCUUCGAGAAGCUCAGCAACAUGGACAAUGUAUACACAGUGCUGUGCAACUCCAAUCAUCCGUACAAUAACAGCGCACCAGCGCAACUCAAUGGUCCUCAAAACAUUAACCAUGCCCUGAGAGGACCACAGACCAAUCAUUCUCCGGCAAAAACGUAGCGAUCACUUAUCAUCUUUCAGUUGGUGGUUUGUUAUUGAUUUUGUUUAAUAAUUAAAGGUCGUAAGCAGGGUGAAUGACAACAAAAUGGUGGAAAAAUGGUAUUAGGCAACAGGGCUGUACAGUAGAUAAAUUUUCAUUUACGUUUGUGAAAGUCUGGUACCGCUAAGUAUUUGACAAAAGGAACGUCAUCUGCCAACGUCACUUGCAGCAGUCUUCUAGAAACUACUCGAAAUAAACAAAAAUACUUCUCAAUAGGUCAUAGAUCACAUGCAUUUUUUUUAUAUUUCUAUAUAUAGCUUCUUUAUAAGCAAAUACAUUAUUGUGAUGUUGGUAUAUGAAAUUUUCUAAUACGAUAUAAAUUUAUGUGUGAUAGAUUAGUGAUUUUGUGCCAAGCUGCAUUCUUUGUGCGUAAAAAUCAAAAAUAUUUUAUUUAUAUGACGUACUUAUAUGCAGGUUACUUUUAAUUCAUAAUUAUUUGACAACCAGUGAUACCAAUUUGUUAUUAUUCUAGAGGUGGACGGCGUUAUUUUGGAACUAUGUUAUAAAUAGCAUAUUUUCGGUAUGGGUCUUGAAAAUAGUCUGUAUAUUCUGUAUAUAGUUGAUAUCUGUUAGAAGAAUCCAAUAAACCGAUAUUUUUCUAUUCCGCUAUUAGAAAAAGAGCUAAAUACCAUUUUUCCCCCGCUCGUAUUUAAAAACUAUAGUCUUACCGACUGUAGACCUGUUUUUAUUUUUAAUUUUUUUAUAUAACAAAAUUGUGUGGACGUGAAAUUGUUUGACAUUGUGUAACAAUCAUUUGUAUAAUUAUGAACAAAAACGUAAAAUGAAAUUGAGGAUUCUCAUUUUAAUUGUUACUUUUUUCAUAUUGGGACAGUUGAGGCGAGGACGUAUUUUUCUAUGAAAGAACUAUUGAUAUUUUUAAUACUUAGUAAUGAUACAGCUUACAAUGAGGAUUUUAUUCCACAAAUAGACCUAUGAAUUCCUGUUAGGAUAUGUAAGUUUAGACAAAUCUAACUGAUCUGUUUUAAAAAGCAGUCAAGAAAUUACUUUAUAGUCAUCAGCAACCAACGAUUAGGAUGAAAGUUACCUUCAAAAUGUAUUACUUUGUAGUUUUUUUAUGACUUGUUCGAUUGAUUGUGAGGCAAAUGUAUCAAAUGUUUCAAUUAUUGCAGCGAUCUCCAUAUGGUAUUGCGUUGUUUUCAGAUCUACCAUGUAUCUUUGUUUUUUAAAUGACCAUAAAUAAUCCAACUGAUCCAUAUCAGGUGAAUGUGGCGGCCACUUGAUUAAACCAUGUCGCCCAAUCCACCAUUUAGUAAUAUUUAAAUUUCAAUUCAACAACAUAGUGAGGAGAAGCUCCAUCCUGUUGCAAUUAAACAUCAUCGUUGGAGAUAUUGCUAUUGGCUAAAAACUAUAGAGAAUUAAAUGUCCCUAAAUUAAAAGAUAUGAAAAUACUUGGGUUGGAAAAUACCCGAGCCAGCUCUCGAAUUAUACUGCUUUGUAGCAACUCCAAAUUAGUUUGACCAUUUAGAUUCCCUUAAGUGCAUAAGGGACCAAUUAUUUUGUUGGAUAUUAUUCAGAUCCAUACGUUCUUAUGGAUACUAAGUACAAUUGGCUUAUUGCACGUUUUCAGGUAAUUGAUUCGUUUUUACUUUGAAUAAUCAUGAAAAGUCAAUAUUAAAACAAGUAUUCCUGCAAUUAUACUCAUCGGAAUAUAUUGUUAGAGGAUCGGGUAACAUAUCAAAAUAUAAACUAGAAACGGUUAGAUUUAGGUAAGCCGUUUGAAAACAAAAGUUCCUUAUAUUAUCGGAAAAACGAACGGUAACAACGCUAAUACCAUAUAAAGACAUAUCAUACUACACAACCCUUAAAAACAAAUUCCAUAAUUAUCCAAUUAGCCACUUCUGAAAUAAUUCAAGCAUUCCAUACAUUUGCCUGUUAUUGUGUACCGAGGCCACUUGUUGAUGAGUUUUUGGGGGGCAUUCCCUUUAACAAUAACAACAGUUCUACUUAAGAUAUAUAGGGCCAGUGAUUAAUUGUAUUUUACAUUAAUGUACGGCAUUAUUAAUUUCGAUUAAAGGUGCUUCUCCGUACUUUGGACUUUAAGCCAUAAAUGCAAAUAUUUAUAUUAACUUUAGUUAACAAAGAACUACAUAAUUCGUAGUAUUUCCGCCAGUAGUCUUUGAAUUUUAGAUAUGUAUUAAGUUGCAAACAUCUUUAUUUUGUCCAGGUUAAGGAUCUCUAUGACUUGUUAAGAUCAGUUUAUUACAGUCUAGACCAAUUUAAAAAUUAGGGUACUAGGUUGGGUGAGUGGACUAUACUACACAUUUUUGAAAAGAUCAUUUUGUGUCUUUGUGUCUUUUAAUAAACAAAUUAUUCACAAGUAAUAAUCAACCUGUUAACAAUAAUAUAGCUGCUACUUGGUGCUUAUUUAUAUAUUACUCGUGUUUGUAUUUUGAUUGUACAAACCUCCAAGUAAUUGUUAUAAGAGUAUCAGCAUGUGUAUUGUUUAAUCGAGUCAACAAAGAUGUCUAUUGAAACCAAAUUUCUAAAGAUUUACUUCACUACUCACUCAUAGGAUCUAUUUGUUGUGAAUCUAAUUGUUAGCUGUCAGUAGUCGAUAACUGUCAAAGGUUAUAUCAUUUUUGAUGGACUGAACAACAUUAAAAAGGUUUUCACGUCAGAACUCUCAAGAUUUUUGAUAUAGUACCAAUGUUUGUAAAAUUAGUGGCCUUUGUGUUGUCAAGACGCUGAUCAUAUUGAAUUUUAUACGAGUUUUUUCCGAAAGAUGACGCCACGACGCAGGAGAGGUGGCGCCAUCUGACGACAUAUCAAUUGAAACAAUUUUGAUAUUCUAUUGAAUGGCAAAAAAGUAACUGAAUCAAUUUUAAGAGACUUUGACAAUGGUAGGUGGGGGUUUUCUGCCUACAUGAGAAUGUAGUAGAUUUGUAUACAAGUUUUUUGUUAUUUUGUUAUAUUGAUUAUGCACAGGUAAUGCCAUAGUAACGGGAACAUUUUUAUUUGAAGGUAGUGAUCGGUUUUUGUAUUAGCUUUUGUAUAAUUUUAUCCCAAUGAAGUUUGAAUACCAGUUGUAGUCUUUUAUUUUUGACAUACUACCAAAUAUUAAAUAUUUUAUUUAUGAUAUAUUAAUUAGUAGUAUUCUAGAAUUUAUACUUGUUUACAAAACGUUGUGUUCAUAACACAGAAAAAGUUUACUUUGACUACAUAAAACAAGGUUUUCGAAAAGCAAUUUUUAUUUUACCAAAUAUUUGUUUCUUGUCAUCUACGCUCUACUACGCUUUCAACAAUAAUUCUUAUAUUACAUUUAUGAAGUUUAGUAAUGCAUUUAUGUCUCUGAUUCAAUUGCAAAUAACCAGAGGAAAUUCUUCAAGGCGAAAAAGACGAUUAAGAUAUAACUUGUGACAUCGUUAAAUACAUUAAUUUCUUUCGUUUUUGUUUUACUUUAUGAUCAGUUCUGAAUUUUAGUCUCUACGACAUCGACUUUUCAUUCUUUCCAUUAUUUACAAGGCAUUUUUAAUCGUUUUAGGUCAUUAGUAAAAAUAUUUUUACAUAUAUCCUCCAUUCAUCUCUUUUGUAAAUUUCCCUUCUUUACAAUCCGGAGUCUUCUACGAUAGGUUUCUUAUAUUUCUACAUAUAUUUGUGCUUUGUAUAUUUUCACAGAGGUUUUCGAUAACUGAUGAUUGCUUGGGAGUCGCCACAUGCAUUUUCUCUUUUCAUGUCAGCUUUUGAGUAUUUUGAGAUCAUUUUCAUUUGUUAUACUUUUCAAAUCUGUUCUCAUCUGCAUAUCUUCAAAACGUUCCCAUCACACGUUUCAUUUUUUUUCACGAAACCGGCAGGUUUAUUAUGACUACAUCGAGCUUUUGAACCAUUUCUGGAGUAAUCUUUAGAACUCGGUCUUCUCACAAGCUCAAUUUUUUUAUCCUUCAAUUUAUAUCUCAAGCACUACUAUGACUGAGGUCAGAUGGAGAACUAGUAAGAUAGUAAGAAUCUUAAGUAUAAUGUAAGUUUAUAAAUAUCCAUAGUUUUCGAGUCUUUUCAUGAGUUUUAUAAAAGUUCUUGGCAUAUAGUGAAAACAAUAAUUUAUGUUUUCAAAGAAGUGUUGUUUCCCAUCAUAAAAAUAUCUGUGGGUAGGUGCAUUAUCCUGUUGGAAAAGGUUUUUUUUUCUUCUUAAAGCCGGGUACGCUUUUAUGAAUGCUUGCGAUUAGUUUUAUUAGAAAUUGGGACUAGUAUUCACCAGUUACGGUUUUACCUUUUUCAAGAUAUUCAAACAGCAAAAUUCAUUUUGUGUCGCAAAAACACCAACGACUUGGUUUCGAGACUGCUGUUUCUGGUAAGUAGUGGUGCAUCCAUAUUUCAUCCAUUCUACCACUACUUUAAACGACUGCCUACAGUUAAUUGUCACAUAUGACUUGCAAUAUUACAUGAAGUCUACAAACGUGAGGAAAACAAUUACGGGACACGGAGAAUCUUAGUAGUAUAUAAUGUUUUUAAUUCGAAUAAAGAUGUUCUCAUUUAUUGUGCUGUUAAUCUGACAUUCUAAUAUACCGGGCAUUUAAAGAAUAUACUGUUUUAUGUACAUUUUUUGAAUGUUCAUUAGUCAAAGGUUUGUUCAAGAGUUUAGUUAAAAAGUAGAUUACACCAAUUUUAUAGAGGAAGGUACCCCGGAUAGUAAGUAGUUGUAUCUAAUUUUUGUAUGUGUAAUAUUUGAUUGUAUGGUAUAGGUCCCAAAAUAUGUCAUUGUAUUGCUCAGUGUUUUUUCGACGAACCGAAAGAAGAUAUGUACCUUUUACUCUUAGUAUAUAAUAAAAAAUAAUGAGUUCGGGGUAUUUUCCUUCGAAUUAUUUUAGUCAAUUCACAAGACAAGACAUAAUUAAAUUAUUCUUUUUAAGUUUGCUAAAAGUUAACAACAUGCUGUAAACUAAUGAAAUUAUUAUUGUAUUGUAUAUAAAUAUUAUUGUAUUAUUAUAUUAACUAUGUAUAACUUACAACUGUAAAUACACAGAAUUUAUUUAU